UGUUCUCUUCCAGGUUUACCGACCCCCCGCCAGAUAGUGAUGGGUGGAUGAGAGACGCUGACUCCAGCCUCCCACUCUGUGACCAUCUCCCCGUCUGACAUGGAGAAAGCCUUGCUGCCCUUGACUAUAACAUCUGACCCAAGGCCCUUUAACCAACAACUCCCAGAGCCUCCAGACCUGAGAUGUGUCUUGGAACCCCAGGACAGCCUUGAGUUGGCCCCUGCCCUGGUGUGUGCUCUCUGCUGCUGCUUCGGAAUCAUCUACGGCUGCUUCGGCUACCGCUGCUUCAAGGCAGUGAUGUUUCUCUCCGGUCUGCUGUCAGGAGCUCUGGUGAUCUUCCUACUGUGCCACAAGGAGCGGGUGCUGGAGACACAGUUGAGCCUGGAGGUGAGCGCAGGCAUCUCGCUGGGCAUCGGACUCCUCUGCGGCCUGGUCACCAUGCUCGUUCGAAGCGUUGGGCUCUUUCUGACUGGUCUCCUGCUAGGUCUGACACUGGGAGCCGGAACCUUAUUGGGCACUGAACCCAUCUACCAGCCACAUUCGGCCUGGGUGCCAGUUGGUGGACUGAUGGGGCUGGCGCUGCUGGGAGCCCUGCUCACACUUCGGUGGCCUCGUCCAUUCACAGUCCUAGGCACAGCCUUGCUAGGUGCUGCGGUGCUGGUGGCCUGUGCUGACUACUUCUUGGAAGGGCUGGCACUGGGCACUCGUCUGGGUGAACGCCUGCAGGCCCUCCCGGAGUUGAUGCCUCUUUGCUGGUAUAGCUGGGUCUUACUGGGGACCUGGCCAAUCUUGGGGGCUCUUGGGACACUGGCCCAGUGGAGACUCAUGACCGAAGAACGUGGAAGCCACACCAAUGUGAUCUUGAGCCACCAGCGAAGGCAUCUCCAGCUCCUCCGGAUCCAUCAGCAAGAGGCUAAGCGGCAUCGGAACCCGUCUGGAGUGGGACUGUGUGAAGGCAGCUAUCAGAGUCGGCUUCCCCCCAAUAUCCAGAGCCCUGGUGACAGGCUGGCUCCAAGUUAUCUCCAGAGUCUCCGUGAGUGCCAGCUGGAACCGAGCACCCAGGCCACAGCCCCCCACACUACCCUGGACCUGGAUUCUGACUGCAGUUCUACCCUUCUCCUGACCACACCUUCUCACUCUGCCCAGACCUGAGCCUAAACCUCCAGAGAUACUGACAACCCUAAUGAGGGCAGGAGACUGCUAGGUGGAUAGGGCCUGAGCCCACAGGACCCACACACAUUUCCCUACCUCUUGGAUUGGGGAUGGGCUUGGUGCUCAGAUCAACCCUUUUAGAGACAGGCAGAGAGAAUUCUUACAGAUGCGGGAGAGUGAAAGCACAGGCACCUACUCUGUCCAGGAGUAGAGACGCCCUGGUCCCUAGGGACACGGACUCCAAACCAACGUGGUUUACCCAAAACAGUUUUUUUUUUUUUUUUCCUUAAGUUCCUGUAAUGCUGAGAUGGAACCCAGAAUGUUGCCCAUAGUAGGCAAAGCAUUCUACCACUGAAUUACAAUCCAUUCCCAAAUAUCCAUUAAAAUGUCUCAGUGUGCCUUACUAUGGUGAAAUAUGGGGCUUUUUUUUAUAGGACCUAUAGAAAAUUGGGGAGCUCCCUAUGGCAUUUGAUAAUUUUUUUGGUAGGGAGAAUGGCACAGAAGUACUCCAAGAUCCCCAGCCCCCAGGCUCCUUAUUAGGGGUAACUGGGCUUCUGCUUGGCCUUUCUCCGUGGACCCCAUAGUCUGGAGUCCCCUCUACCUCAGUGGAGAACACAGUCCUCCAUGGUGCUUUCUCCUCUCUCUUCAAUGAGGGAGGACCACAGAGUCUGCCUCCACUCCCCUCUCUCCAAAAGCUGGCCCCUUGCUCCAAGAGAGCAUUGGCUCUCAUGGCUGACUCUUGCCUUUUUGCUCAGAGGGACCUGGGUUUUGGGUCUGCGCAGCAGUCAAGUGCCUUCUCUGACUCUCAGUGUAGGUGACACUAGUUUCCUCCUCAGCCAGAGUUUGGGUCCAGCCACUAACCCCUUCUAACAAUCCCUCCUCUGACUCUCCUGAGCAAGUCAGCUUCCUGGUUUCCCGGACAGUGUGAAGGAAGAAGAUCCCUCCCCUGAGCAGCAACUCUGUGAUGAGGGAGGAAGAACAAGGGAACACGGGAAUAA